AUGGUACAGGAAAACCAUACUGGUAUCCCCGAGGAGAUCAACCCGCCCGCGCCGGUCCAUCCCCAAUCACCGACGGCCCAAACGACACUGCCACUGAAUUCUGCGGGAGCACCUCUGGCCUAUCCGAGGGCACCCUCCACGUAUUUCCCGCUGCCAACCACAACGGGCGCGUCCUUACCCCGCUCGGGGUUCCCACCACUACCGCCGGUAUAUGCGCCGCCUCUACCAAUGAUCCAAACGCCACCACCGAUCCAAGAUACCACCCGCAUCGCCGCACUCGAGGAUAAUGUCGCAACGCUCCAUGGUACUAUGAACCUGAUGGCCACUAACAUGGCCGAAAUGAUGGCCCUGCUUCGAGACCCGAAUCAUGCGUCAUCGAACUCCACUCCUCCUCUCGCAAGUGGGUCAACGGUCGAUCCCGCUCCUUGGGCACCGCCGACUCUUGCACCAGAAGGCGACACCGCCGCCGCCACACCGACCACCCCUGUCCAUCAACCGGCGCACGUGUCAACAGUCUACCCGGCCGAUUUCUUCCAACCACAACCCACCGUUCCAGCGGUCGCCCCGCUCCCACCCAUGACGAUCGACACGCCAGGUCCAACUGUGUUCGCGUCACCUCCUUUAUCGAUCCCAGCUAUAGUUUAUACCGUUCCCCCACCAACGGUCUUCCCUACGUCAAAUGCCCCUGCUUCGGCUCCUGCUCAAAGUACAUAA